AUGGCCCGCCUCUGCGCCAUGAUCGCCUGCCUCGCGGUGCCCGCCUGCGUCGGGCUCGUGCAGCCGCCGACGCACGCGCAACCCACGCCGCCGGCGCGCGCACAGACAGACGACGCGCGCGCGCGACCGCGGCGGCCGCUGUCCGCCGCCGCCGCGCGGCGCCUCGGCGCGAACGUUUUGGGCGGCCUCGCCAUCUGCGCGAACGUCGCCGCGCCCGUCGCCAACGCCGCCAAGGUGAGCGAGUUCGACUACGCCGUCAACGGCCGCGUCUACGGCAUCGAGGAGGACGCGCCCUUCCGCAAGGCCCUGGGGCAGAUCCGCGGCCUCCUCGACGACCUCGGCGUCGAGGGCGCGGUCACGCCCCAGCGCGCGACGAUCCCCGACGGCCCCGUCAUCGCGCGGCCCUACGAGGUGGGCCUCGCCCCGGGCACGGACCGCCUGCGCCGGUGCCCCGACGGCGCGACGUGCCUGAGCAGCACGCGCGUCGAGUCCGCGUCGUCCGCGGUGCCCCACUUCGUCUUCUUCGACCAGAAGGGCGACGCCGUGGGCAACCUCCUGGAACUCAUCUACUCCGCCGCCGACGCCGACGUGCUCGUCGCCAAGGGCAACUUCUUCAACGGCGCGGGCGUCUACGUGCUCGUCGAGCUCAACGACGCGAACGAUCGGGGGUCGACGGUCCACGACGUCGAGUUCCAGUUCCUGCCCGGCGUCCUCGAGAACGUCGUCGACGUGCGCAUCGUCGCCCGCGAGGGCAAGCAGUUCACGACGCCCCAGCGCCAGAAGGAGCUGCUCAACGCGGUCGCGCGCGGCGUCGGCUGGGUGCCGCUCGACAAGGGGAACCUGAACAUGAACGUCUUCAGCGACGAGGAGAAGGGCAUCAUCGCCACGUCGGCCCUCGAGAUCAAGUACCGCGAGCAGUUCGAGGCCGAGAUGGAGAAGGCCGACGCGGAGCUCGGGGUCCAGAUGGAGAAGGAGCGGAAGCGCAUCGAGUCGCUGAAGAAGGAGGUCGAGAAGCUCCUCGACGAGCUGAGCCGCCAGGAGGACGCGCGCGCCCAGGAGUACCGCGACCUGCGGUCGCGGUCCGCGACGGCGCGCGCCGAGUACGACGAGGGCGUCAACAAGCGCAUCGGCGGCGUCGCGAACGACGGCCGCUACGCGGCGUCCCAGUCCAUCCGCCUCGGCAACUCCUUCGCGGGCCUCAUCAACUCCAAGGACGACGUCACGGCCAAAAUCUACGACAACGUCCAGCAGGACGACGAGGACGCGCCCGUGAAGAAGAACCUCUUCGGCAAGGCCAUCGACACGGGCAAGAAGAAGGGGCUCCAGGGCCGCGAGAUUCGGCGGUGA